UCAAUUCUAAAAACAGCAAAACCAACCAACUAAAUUUUUUUUCCGGUAACAGUGAACUGAAAGAAUGGCUUCUUUGGCAGCAACAACUGCGGCAACCUCCCUCAGUGUGUCGGAAAUGCUUGGGAACAAAGUCAACUACUCGAGUGCAGCCAGGACGGCUCCUUCUACUUCCAGUCCUGUCACCUUUAAGACAGUUGCCCUUUUCCAAAAGAAGAAACCUGCACCAAAGGCUAAGCCAGCAGCCGUCACCCCGGCUUCAGACGAGCUCGCCAAGUGGUAUGGACCUGAGAGAAGAAUCUUCUUGCCAGAAGGUCUUUUGGACCGAUCAGAAAUCCCAGAGUACCUCAACGGAGAAGUCGCUGGAGACUAUGGUUAUGAUCCUUUUGGUCUUGGAAAGAAACCAGAAGACUUUGCCAAAUAUCAAGCUUUUGAGCUGAUUCAUGCACGAUGGGCAAUGUUGGGUGCAGCCGGUUGCAUUAUUCCAGAGGCCUUCAACAAAUAUGGUGCAGCCUGUGGCCCUGAAGCCGUCUGGUUCAAGACUGGAGCUCUGCUACUCGAUGGCAAUACAUUGAACUACUUCGGAAAGAACAUCCCCAUUAACCUGGUCUUGGCUGUUGCUGCCGAGGUUGUUCUUGUUGGUGGCGCAGAAUACUACAGAAUCACCAAUGGCUUGGAUUUUGAGGACAAGUUGCACCCUGGUGGACCAUUUGAUCCAUUGGGUCUUGGCAAGGACCCAGACCAGCUCGCUCUGUUGAAGGUUAAGGAGAUCAAGAAUGGCAGACUAGCUAUGUUCUCCAUGUUUGCAUUCUUCAUCCAAGCUUACGUGACCGGAGAGGGUCCUGUAGAAAACCUUACAUCUCACUUGAGCGACCCCUUUGGAAACAACUUAUUGACUAUGAUUUCUGGGAAUAUCGAAAGAACCCCAACCCUGUAAACUCCAUUUGUACUCUAAAUGAUGACAAUCAGAUCGUUUAUGUAUCUUAUAUAUUUGUUUUUGAUCCAUUGUGUAUUAUGAGGAGACGAUCAAUCGUUGAACUGGUAGACGUUAUAUUUUAGAAACGAAA